AUUUUUAAUUAGAGCGAGUGAAAAUAGAAAAAAGUUUCUUCCGCAAAAUACAUAUGUUUCCGUGUUAGAAUAAAAAAUGAUGGCUACAAAUGAAUGUGCUAAUUGUCGGGAGUUAAAAGAGAUUAAAGCUAUUGCAAGACAGGUAUUGAAGAAGUACGAUGAACUGCUGGAAAAGUAUAAGCAGAACGAACAGCAGUACGAUGAAGUUGUUAAAACACUCAAAGAAAGGGAGGCCAUGUUGGAUGACAUGAAAGGUCUAAUCGAACCUGCCGUUUCUGAACACGAACGACUGAUUGUAAAAUAUGACAUUGAAGUAAACUGCAGAAAUGAGGCUGAAAAUAUUGCCCGAAAAGUGACCUCACAAAACAUUACGUUAAAACGUCAAUCGCAGGCUUUACUUUGCCAUUUGGAAAAGAUUGAUAUAACCCAAAUACCAGAGGAAAUUCUCGAGGAACCAGAAGAGGAAGAGGAGACCGCAGGGUACAAGGAAUACACGGACAAGCUUAACAACACAAUCAAAGAUCUAGAGGAAAAAGUUUCUCACUAUGUCACCUCUCUCACUACAGCUACGGAGGAGUUGUCUACAGAACGUGAAAACAACUUUCGACUCCAACAGAAAAAUGAACAUUUAAAACAAAGCCUCAAUCAAACUGAGAACACGUUAACUCAGUACCAAAAUGCUAUGACGGAGUUAUCUACAAUGUCAGAGUCAGCGUAUGAAGAAUAUGAACAUUUGAAAAGCAAGUAUGAAAUCGAAGCUCAACAGAGGACUGAAGCAGAGAAUAAAAUGCAAAAGAUCAAAGCACAAAAUGAAGCAAUGAAAACACAGAGUACAAUUCUUAUGUCAAAAGUGGCUAAUGACCAACAUCUGAUUCUUGCGUUAUGUAAAAUUGAGGAGUUGGAGGAGGACAAAACCAAUUUAGAAAGGGAUGUGGGCGAUUUGAAAGAGCAAAUGUCUAAUGAAACAAAUGAGGAAGCUCUGACACAGCUUGAGGAGGAAAGGGAUAAACUGUCUGUCGAGAUUGAGGAUUUAACAAAGAAAGUGACAAAUUAUGAGCAACUAUAUUCUAAUCUUGAAAGACAGUAUAAAGAGCUGGAAAUGAAACUUGAAGAGGCAUUGAGUCCACCCAUACCACCACCGCCACCUUUGCCACCACCGCCAUCGACCUCGACGUCAAAGGGAUUCCUAGCAAGAAUAAGGGGUAACAAAAAGAAGAAACCGGUUGUUGGUCAACAGACAGGUGUAGAUGAAAAGGGGUAUGGCAAAGCACUGGAAGAAAUGAUGAAGAGGAUCAAUUCUGGAAAGCCAAUACUGAAGGAGAAUGCGCGCCAAAUUAAAGAAAAGCCAGAUGCGAACGACGGUGAAAAUCCUGGUGCCAUGCUAGAGCUACAUAGUGUACUCAAUCGGUUUAAGAAUACGCAAAGAAAAAGUGGAAGUUUGUCGUCACGUCCUGUAAAUAGUAUAGAACCGGAAUCAGAACUUGCCAAAGCAUUUGUCUUGAAGAAAUCAAAACCAAAAAGUGGACCUCAAUCGUCACUUCCGGUAAAUAGCGUUGAACCUCAAUCUGAACUUGCCAAAGCGUUUCGACGAGUUAAAUGGGAAGACAGUCAGACGAAUGAAUAAUAUACAAGGAUAUUAUGUAUGCAUAUUUUAAACAGUUUUAUUAUAUACACACGUUAGUGGAAUUUCGAAGUUUUGAAUGACCAGAAAGUUUGUUUUAAUCUGUUAUCCAAUAGUAAACUAUCAUUUGAACAUACUAUUGACAGGAAUAUAAACUGUUAUCAGGCAAGGAUUUGUAAUCAUAUCAGUUAUGCUGUCUGUCUUGUUUCGCUUGUAAAUGUGCGUUAAAUGACUUCUUUCCUAAUUUUAGAUCACAGCAAUUCAAUACUAUUUAUUGAAAUUAAAUGUGCAAUUAAAUAAGAUAACGAGAAAUUUGAAUUGUAUCUCCUCGGAAAUAACAAUUGAAAUAGUGAUAAAUGAGAAAAUAUGAUUUUGUUGUUAUUGAGACUGAUUUAGUAAAGUUUUUCUAAACUUGGUUCCGAAUCCCAUAUUUGACUGCUUUGUGAAUUUUUACUACACAGCAUAUUGUUAUAAUUUUUCAAUGAUAAAUACUGUCUAAAUCAACGAAAAGAAAGAAAAAGAAUAUCAUAAGAAUAUCUUCACACCUUUUUUAUGC